GGUCAGUGCUUUCUGAACUGUUGUCAGUGACAGUUCCUCGAUCAUGUGGCGGUGGAUCCUCCAUCACUAAUUACGCUUCCUCUUUUUUUUUACUGUUCUUCUUCGCUCGUCGUUCACUUCCGUUCACGGACUGUGUGCCUCGCUGCAUUUGACACACGCGCCUCUCGUGUAAGUUUGCUUCGAGCGCGCCUCGUCUUGUUCUUGCUCAUCCCCUUCUUCGUGUCCCGUCGAUAUACUGGUGCUACUUUCCACGUUCGGAGUGUCGCGCGUGGCUGGAAAAACUGGACGAAUCAUGGUGUCGACUAGCAGAACGACCUGUUGGCUGCUGUUCGUCUGCUUGAUCGUAAUUCUCGGGACUCUCGAUAAUGCAGAAGGUACAAGGAAGAGAUUUCGCAGACCAGCAACCUCCGCCCCAUCGAUCUCGAGCGAUCAGGAAGUCUCGGCCAGCGUGAACAGAUUCAAGGUUACGCGAAAUCGUAUCUCUAACAAGAACAAGAAGAAUGAAAUUCAGACUGGUAAAUCGGAGGACUACAAGCUUGUAUGUUACUAUACUAACUGGUCUCAAUACCGGACGAAAAUUGGGAAAUUCCUACCGGAGGACAUACAGCCGGACUUGUGCACGCACAUCAUAUUCGCGUUCGGUUGGCUGAAGAAGAACAAGCUGACCAGCUUCGAGUCGAACGACGAAACGAAAGAUGGGAAAAUCGGACUGUACGAACGAGUGGUCAACCUGAAGAAAGCUAAUCCCUCUUUGAAGAUUUUACUUGCGAUCGGUGGUUGGUCGUUCGGCACUCAAAAGUUCAAAGACGUGUCGACGACGAGGUACGCGAGGCAGACUUACAUCUACAGUGCCAUUUCGUACCUGCGAAAUCGAAAUUUCGAUGGCCUCGAUAUCGACUGGGAGUAUCCAAAAGGAGGAGACGACAAGAAGAACUACGUGCUUCUGUUGAAAGAGCUUCGAGAAGCGUUCGAAGCUGAAGCUCAGGAGAAGAAGAUACCAAGGCUUCUUUUAACAGCUGCUGUGCCGGUUGGUCCUGACAACGUUAAGAGUGGAUACGAUGUGCCAGCAGUUGCUAGUUAUCUGGACUUCAUCAAUUUGAUGGCGUACGACUUCCACGGGAAAUGGGAGCGAGAGACGGGCCACAACGCACCUUUGUACCCCUCUUCGUUGGACUCCGAAUGGCAGAAACAGUUGAGCGUGGACAACGCAGCGUCCAUGUGGGUUCGUUUGGGCGCCCCUAAGGAGAAACUGAUCAUCGGUAUGCCGACCUACGGACGAUCGUUCACUCUCACGAACCUCUCCAAUUUCCGUGUUCACGCACCUGCCAGCGGCGGUGGAAAGGCCGGCGAAUACACCAAGGAAUCCGGCUUUCUUGCCUAUUACGAGAUCUGCGAGAUGUUGCGAAACGGUGCGAUUUACAUCUGGGACGACGAGAUGAAGGUGCCGUACAUGGUUCAGAACGACCAGUGGGUGGGCUUCGACGACGAGAAGUCCAUCCGGAUUAAAAUGGACUGGCUGAAGAGCAAAGGUUACGGCGGGGCCAUGGUGUGGACAAUCGAUAUGGAUGAUUUCAACGGCACGGUUUGCGGUGGAAAUGUCAAGUACCCCUUGGUCGGGGCGAUGAGGGAGGAAUUGUUCGGAAUAUCGAGAGGUUCAAGCGCCAAGGACGUCGACUGGACCGCCGUGGCUAGCACCGUGUCCGAGAGCAUUCUGAAGAGACCCGAACCUUACAAGAUAUUGGUCUCGGACGUGAUCAACAAGGCGAAGAAACUUCAAAAACCGACAACGCAACUCGUCAUUAAUCCUCCUACCAAUGAAAGGGCAGCUCAAUCGAUGUGCUACCUAACGAAUUGGUCGCACAGAAGACCCGGAUCUGGGAAAUUCGUGCCAGAGGACAUCGAUCCAACGCUUUGCACGCACAUCGUCUACGCGUUCGCGACUCUGAAGAAUUUCCUACUCGCGGAGGAAAGCGAGAAGGACACGGAGAUGUACGAACGAUUGAUCGCUCUGCGUAAUAAGAAUCCCGACAUUAAGAUAUUACUGGCGAUCGGUGGUUGGGCGUUCGGAUCAACACCGUUCAAGGAACUGACUAGCAAUACAUUCCGCAUGAAUCAAUUCGUUUACGAAGCCAUCGAAUUCCUACGAGAGUACAAAUUCGACGGUCUGGAUGUCGAUUGGGAAUAUCCACGAGGUGGUGACGAUCGAGCAGCCUACGUGAACCUUUUGAAGGAACUUCGACUGGCAUUCGAGGGUGAGGCAAAUAGUUCUGGACAACCGAAAUUAAUUUUGUCAGCCGCGGUGCCAGCGAGUUUCGAGGCUAUCGCUGCAGGGUACGACGUGCCAGAGAUAUCUAAAUACCUGGACUUCAUUAACGUGAUGACGUACGAUUUCCACGGUCAGUGGGAGAGACAAGUCGGCCACAACAGUCCUCUGUUUCCUCUGGAAAGUGCUACCAGUUAUCAGAAGAAAUUGACAGUGGAUUACAGUGCGAGAGAAUGGGUGAAACAAGGUGCACCAAAGGAGAAGUUAAUGAUCGGUAUGCCAACUUAUGGCAGGUCGUUCACGUUAGUGGACAAAGAUAAAUUUGACAUCGGAGCUCCAGCUUCUGGAGGUGGAAUAGCCGGAAAUUUCACCAACGAAUCGGGAUUCCUCUCGUACUACGAGAUCUGCGGCUUCCUGAAUGAAGACAACACUACGUUAGUGUGGGACAAUGAGCAGCAAGUUCCCUUUGCGUACAGAGACGAUCAAUGGGUUGGAUUCGACGAUGAAAGAAGUCUUAUAAAUAAGAUGCAAUGGCUCAAAGAAGAAGGCUUUGGAGGUAUAAUGAUCUGGUCGGUGGACAUGGAUGACUUCAGAGGAAGUUGCGGGGCUGGCAAGUAUCCACUGAUCAAAGCGAUGAUGAAAGAGCUGAGGGAUUAUAAAGUGAAAUUGGAAUACGACGGUCCUUAUGAGAGUGGGAAAAAUGGAAGAUACGCCAUCAAAGAUCCGAACGAAGUGAGCUGUGAUGAAGAAGACAACCAUAUAUCUUACCAUCCUGAUAAGAACGACUGUACUAUGUACUAUAUGUGCGAGGGCGAGAGAAAGCAUCACAUGCCCUGCCCGGUAAAUCUGGUAUUCAAUCCAAACGAAAAUGUUUGCGAUUGGCCUGAAAAUGUGGACGGAUGUGUACAACACACACAGGCACCGCCCGUGUAAAGAAAAAAGAAAAGAAUCGAAAGAGACAAAGAUAUUAACUAUUUAAGAAUAUUUUUAAUUAAAACAGUUACGUGACGACAAUUAAAAAAAAAAAAAAGAGAGAGAAAGAAAGGAUUCGUUAUUCGUCGAAAGGAAGAAAUACGACGAUGGUUAAUCAACGAGAAAUUCCGUUAUCCAGAAAUCUCUUUUUAUUUCUUCCCCUUAUUCCAAUUUUCCUCUCCUCUCCCCUCUGAAACUUUUACUUAAAUUCCUUAAAUUCCUCUUAAUCCCCUAUCGAUUCCAUCUGUCUACGUAUUUCUUACAUUUGUAUAAAUACACACGCUACUGUGACAGAUACGUUUUGUAAAUAAAAAGAAACGAAAUUUUCUCCGAGAAAAGAAUAUUUCGCUUGUAAGAAUAACAGCAGACGAAAGUAAAUUGUACGUACCAUUAACUAGUAGUUCUUCGUUUUAUUUUGUAACUUUACAUAAAAGAUCAUAAUUUGUUGUU